CUGCUUGUUUCUUCCCCCGACCCUCUCGACCUUCUCAACAUGUUCAAACGCGUGGAGCGCAAGCGGAAACGGAGAGAGGAGGAGGAGGAGCUCGGGCUAGACGAAGAGAUGAAGGAGGCUCUCGGCAUGGGCGGUCUCGACACGGACUCUGACGAGUCUGAAUCCGACUCUGAUUCCGAUCACUCAAACGAUGAGGUAGAGGAGGACGCGGACGAGGGGCUCGAGGGGGAUAACGCUGAAGAUGAAGAUGAAGAUGAAGACCCCGAGGGAGACGAUGCGUCCGACGCAGACGAAGGGGACUCACCCGCCGACCCCGCAGAGGUCUUCACCAUCGGCGAACUCAUGUCCUCGUCCCCCAUCGUCCAGCUCCCGGAUAAAGGCGGGCAUUUCACUUGUGUCGUAUGCCCUGGGAAAAUGCUGCGUACAAAAGAGUUCAUCGACCAACAUCUUGAGUCGCAGCCCCAUACCCGACGCAUGGCCCGCCUCGCCGCCUACGUCGAAACACAUGAGCCCGACCCGACCACCGAUGCUUUUGACAUUCUCGACAAAGUCGACGAGGAGAAAGAGCAGGCUACAGCGACUCCGGGAACCAGCAAGAAGGCCGAUAAGCGCGAGCGAUUCAGACAGAGACGAGCCGAGGCGCGAGCCAGGAAGCAGGCCAAGGCUGCGAGGGGAAAGCUAGCUGGCGCGGACGGCGCGGACGACGCAGAGAAAGCUAAGAAGGCGGCAAAGACGAGCGAUGUCAGCGCAGACGUGAAGUCAUCAUCUUCGAAGAAGAAGCGCAUCUCUGCGUCUCGCCAAAGACGAAUAGAGAGACGAGCCGCUGCCCGUGCUGCAGGGGGGUCGGGAGAGUCGAGCGCUCCUGCGGGGCAAGCGACGGAGAAGGAGUUGCUGAAGGAGACGCAGGGAGCGACGCCGAGGGCCUCAAAUGGCAAGACUUCGAAAGACUCGCCCAAGAAAUCCUCAAAGGACUCGACGGACUCGCAGAAGAAAUCGCCAAUGAGCGUUACGAAGCGCGCCGCGGCAGCGAUCGCGAAGUCGAAAUCAGGGGAUAAAAAAGACAAGCCUGCGAAGAAACGCAAGAUAUCGCAUGUAUAGUAGGAUUUCUUGGGCUUACCUCGCUUUGUAUGUGCUUGAAUUUGGCUGAAUGGGGUCUUGACGAUGUCGAGUUCAACUGUGACCUGUCACGUGUGUGAUUGUGACAAACACAAUCCUAUCCUCAGAGCCUCUCCGCAGCCCCCUUGUAUCGCUCCAAGCCUCGCAGUCAAAUCAGUCCGGAUGAGAAGCAAUUAAGCUUUCCCUCGAUCGGUGCGUCACUCGUUUUGGUUGGCACCCCAAGCGCGC